CCUGAGUGCAGGUGUUGAGUGACAUCCUAGUAGGGUGUAGAGGGCAUAUCUCUCUCACACACAUUGCCUUGUGCUCCCUCCAUCUGUUGUCAAGUGCUGGGCCUCCUUCCUGGCUCCUUGCUGAGAACCCCUGCUUUACAGGACUACCUCUGUCUAGAAGGUACUGAGGACUUCUAGUAUGUCACAUAACCAGUGCUGAUCUCGUGUACGUGUGUGUGUAUGGGGCAGGGGACACUCUCUGUGACCCUCUUCCUCCCCCGCUUCAGCUUCCCUGCUCGUUGUCUGGAGCUACUCCCACCUCCCCAAAAGGCAGGACUAGCUCAAUUGGGAUUCAUCCAGCACCACCAAACCUUGUCCUCCCACCAGUGUUUUGGUAAAGCAUGCAGGAAGUGCAACCUGAGCGACAGAUGAAGUGAGAGGCUCGGAGAUCUGCCCUUUGAAAGCUGAGGGGUGUUAACUGAGGUGCUUUGCAUUUGUCCCCCUCUCCAUCUCCAACUCAACCCUACUGUCUGUUACAUUAUGAACUGACUUGGGUAAGUGAAGAGAUUGGAACACCCUUUUGCUCAUGCUGGGAGCCCAAGUCUUGGGAUCUAUAUAGGCGUAACAAUUGGGAUUUCCUAAUGCACCCAUGAAAUUAAUCUGACAAAAGGGCACCAAAAGGCCUGUGGGAAGGAGGAAGGGAAGGUUUGGUGGUAUCCUGGUCUGGGUGGUAUCCAGACAGCUGUGAUGUUGAGGUGGGCUAGGGAGCUGAAUGGAGUUUAGUGACGAUGGUUGCUGGGCUUCAACUGGCCCAGUUGCCCUCUCUUAUGCUACUGCUACUGUGAACCCUUAUGUGCUUAUAACUGGUGUUAUCCCACCCCGAUUCCAAGAUCCAUCAUUCAAGUAACAAUUUGAGUUUUUGGUGCAAAGUGAACCACAUGUUAUACACUGUGCAUGUAUUGCCAUUAGCCUCCCAUGGGAUUUGAUUGUUUACAUUUGCUGAAAUAAGCACAGUAAUUGACAACCAGAGUUAACAAGGGAGGAUUAAUCAGUUGCAAAAAAAAUAGUAUGGCAGUUUAAGUAUACUAUAGCAACAGUUAAUAGCUGCCAUGCAAAAGUCUACCAGAAGCCAUGCACCCCGCCCCCCGCUAGUUAUAGUGGUUUCCUUUGUCAACAGAUAUUUGCCAUUUCCAUCUCUCUCUUCAUAACCAUUGUAAAAUCUAGAAUGAACAGCACUCUUCCCCAGUGCCCCCCACCCAUCUGCUGGGGCUCUCAUUACUAUUGUGGAUCUAUUGAGAAUGGCUAGGAGAGCACCUCACACCUGUUGUUAGGGAAGGGCUUAUGCUGAUGUGGUUGCCUUGGCAACAGUGACAAAGAUGAAAGCCUCUGGGAGAAGCCUUGAAUAAUAACAUGGAGGGACCACAUGGGAGAGAAAGCGGGUGUGGAAGGCAGGGGACCCUGAGAGUUUAAAGAGUGGAGAAAUAGAGCAUGAAGCAGAAUUCCCUUGUACACUAUAGAAUUCAAAUUUAAGUUUCAAGCAUUUAUGCAUUUACUCAGUUAGCUCACAUUUGCAAAGUCUGAAAACAGUGACAAAAACUGACAUUUUAAAAUGAAGCUUUCAUUUCUCUUUAUUGUAAUUGAGAAGCAGAUGAAUCACAUCUCUGUCAUUCUGUUGAGAAACUGAAAAUGGGGGCUGGCCACCACAAGCAAUUGGCCGAUUUGGGACAGCUAAUCAGUCCUUGAAGGCUGGUGCUGACAUCUGAUCUUCAUGCCCUCAGUGAUUGGAAAGAAGCUGAGGGGCCACAGGUCACUAAAGAUGGCAGGUGGGCAUUUGCCAAAUUUCCGGGUGCCAGAGGGAACCUGUGCCUGGCUUGGGAGAACUCACUCUUCCAAGAUAAAGGAAAGGUCGCCCAUCUGAUGGGGUCCCCAGGAGCUCCUGAGCAGAGCCAGAAAGCAAAUCAUGGCAGGAACACUAAGCAAAGGGGGCCUUUUGCCUCUGUGAGUUGGAGGGAACAGUGCCUGGUGGUGCAUAUGUGGGUGAUGGCAUUCCUCCAACCAUGGGCGUAGCCAAGGGGCAGGCAGGGAGGGGCAGCUGACCUCCCUUAAAUCAAGUAAAACAGGAAUACUUAGAAAUACUUAACUACCUGACCAAUCACAACGGUUCUGUCCCCCCUCCCCGCAACAAAAGUCCUGCCUGCCCCCCCCCCCGGUCCUGCCCCCAAAACAAAAAUCCUGGCUACACAGUCACUGUGGCUAUAAGCAAUCUCUAAACCGAACAUACCAAAACAAGGAACAUAAGCAUAAAAGUCCCAUAAAAUUCAAGUGAACUGAUGGGUAAAAUUACAACAGCAUGGGAAAACACCAGCAAAACAUAAAAAGGUGACUACAAUGUAAUCAAAAAACUUCCUCAGGAGUUGGGGAAAACUUGCCUUGGAAUGUACAGUUCUCUCAACUGAUACAGUGCUCAUUAAAUAUACUGGGCUCUCUAAGUAUGCUGGGCUCCUCUUGAGUCUAGUGGCAUUUUCCCUGAUCUGUAGUAUACUUUCUAGCUGACAUUCCCAGGCCUACCUGGAAAUGCUGCCCUGUGCGGGGUUGUACCUGUGACCUUUUGCAAAGCAAGCAGAUGCUCUACCCUUGUGCCAUGGUGCUUCCCCGUACGGAUCAGCUGAAUAGGGGGUUAGUGCCCCUGUCCCUCACCAAACGAUGUUACAACCUCUCAGGCCCCUUCCAUGCUGUGUCUACGAUCUUAUUUGUUUUAAUUUAGCAGCUGGCACCAAAAUCAGUGGGGCUUUUGUGGGCUAGGAAAAUGUACUUGGAUGGUGAGAAGGGAUGAGUGAGCUCUCUGGGCCAGAAGCUGGCAAUCCCCACCUUAAGCCAGGGAGGAGCUCCCUGGUGGUCUCUGUUUGCACUGGGGCAGCAUCUCCUCCCCACAACUCGUUGGAAGAAAGCAACAUGAGGAGGUCUUGUCCCCGGGAUUCUUUCCUGGGUAUUCGUUCUUUUCUGUGUUUCCUGGCACAGGUUCCUCUCCCUCCUGCCGCUGCUGCCUUCUGUGCAUGGAGAAAGAUGGAGAAAACGAACGGUCUGAAGGCUUCCCCUGCCAACCAUCAGCCACAGGAGCCCAUGAAAACUGCUGCCAAUGGGGAUCCAGAGAGAAAGGAGCUCAGCAACCACAGCAGGUAACUCUCAGAGCAGGUGGCCUUGAGGUCUGCUGCAAGGGGUCCCUGGCCCAAGAGCCAGCUUGUCACUGGAUACCCAGUGUUGAGGGGGGAAAGGCACCCAAAACAUGCUCUUCAAUAAUUGGUUGCUGCAUACCCAUACAGAGCUUGUCUGAGGCCCAGGGCAGGGGUCUUGUUCUUGGCUUGACUGUGUAAGUCUGUCAUGCCCUUGGCAGGGCCCCCAGCUGUUUUAGCCCUCUAAGGCCUGGGGCAAGUGUAUCUGGUUGCCCACCUCCCUGCAAGGGCCUGGGCUAUUGCCUAGCAUAACUGAAUAGGGGUCAGUCUGUGCCGAAAGGAGGAGGGGAAGCCUUUUGGGGCCACUUGGGAAGGAGUUCAGGGAUGAGAGCAAAUGGUCCUUCCUGGUGAGAGUGGAGGCCCCGGGAAAAGUUUCCUCCAUGGGCGAAUUCACAACUCUGAGUUCCAAUAGGAAACACACUUUUAGAGCAUGGUGCUAAUGAUGCCUGCGUUGUGGGUUCAAUCCCCCUAUGAGCCAAGAGGUCUGACUCCUGCACUGCAGGGGGUUGGACUAGAUGACCCUCAGUGUGCCUUCCAACUCUGCAUUUCUAUCAAUCUAUGAUUCUGAAAAUGUAUUGGGACCCUCCACAGCUGGGCUUUUGUGAAGCAGCCCUUUCAGAUCCCACCCCCGCAUUUCUCAAGCAAAUGCUUGACUUCUUUGCAUCUCAGCACAGCGUGCUCUGUAAUAAGGGUGGCUGGGACAGGUGAGAGGAGAUCUGAUUUUUGUCUCCCCAAGGUUUUCCAUACAGCCAGCAGGGAUAGGAUCUCAGAUUAAAUCUCCACCUUGUGGUCAAGGCAGGAGGUAGGCUGUAGCUCCCAAAAUCCUCCAGUUUGCUUUCCUGCCUAUGUUGAGCACAGUCACGAAUCAACUCCCUUAGUGUGUGUGUGUGUGUGGGGGGGUUCUCUAGGGCUAGGCAAUAUGGGAGUCAUUACAACUCCCAAGUCAAUCAACUUGGAUUGAUGUGGAGUUCUUGCCUUUAUGUGGGAAGGGAGCUUGAGGAAGAGGCAGUGGCAGUGGGAGGAGCAGACCCCCUUAUGAGGGGAGGGUGUUCCGCUCCAUUCCCACCUCUGCUUGGCAGCCAAGGGUCAUCCUUCCUACCUGGUCUCUCUACAGAGUGCCGUCAGCCAAUGAUGACACGUCCUCAGAACUUCAGCGUGUUGCCGCCUUGGAUAAUGUGGACGAGAAAUCCCACAAGACAGGAGGCCUCUCCAGGUACUUCUUAUGGGGCUCCUUGUGGGGUUGAUGAAGCACAGCCAAGUGUCUCCUCCUCAGGCUUUGUGGUGGCCUUUGCAGUGGAGAUGGAAAAUGCAACAGGAGCCCACCACUCUGUGGAGCAGCAGUCUUUGGAAGUGGGGGGGGGGGUCAGCCUGGGUGGGUGUGGAGGUUGCACUGAAAUUGUGCCCAUCAGCAAAACCAAGGAGUAGUCUCCAUGAGCUACUCCUCUCUAGAUGGGGAUGUUACAAGAAAGGAGAUUCCGACUCAACUUUCUGAGGGUAAGAGCCAUUCAACAGUGGGACGGACUCGCUUAGAUGAUGGUGGACUCAGAGGGUUGAACUAGGUGGCCCUUGGGGAUCCCUUCCAACUCUACAAUUCUAUGAUUCUAUUAUUUUGACUCAUUACCCAUAGCUGAGCUGGUGUUUCAAGACUUAGGAACGUAAGAGACUGUCAUUUACUCAGGCAGAGCAUUAGCCCAUCGAACUCAGUAUCUAAUCCUGCCUAUGCACGGUUUCAGGCAGGGGUCCUUUCCCAGCCCCACCUUGUGAUGCUGCCGGGGGUUGAACCUGGGACCUUCUGCAUGCAAAGCAGGUGCUCUGGCCACUGAGCUAUGGCCCUUGCCCACAAUUCCACCCUGCUGGGGCUGCUCUUGAAAGCCCAUAAGGGCCAUUUGUGGAGAUGGCCUAGAACGCGGCAGGCGUUUCAGGGGAGGCCCUACUACUAGCUGUAGCUGCUGAAGAACCCUCUGCUGUUUCCCCUCCUAAGAAGUACUUGAUUAAUAAUAAUAAUAAUAAUAAUAAUAAUAAUAAUUUUUUAUUUAUACCCCGCCCUCCCCAGCCAAGGCCUGGCUCAGAGCGGCUUACAAGCAAUAAUAAAAACAAGUUGAAUGAUUACAACUUAAAAACAAAAUUAAAAAACAACAUUAAAAUAUCGAAACACUAAAAUAUUAAAAUGUAGCCUCAUCUCAGGAGGAGAAGGAAAAGAAAAAAGAAAGGGAGGGAGGGAAUCAAAUUGGCUCCAAGCCAAAGGCCAGGUGGAACAACUCUGUCUUACAGGCCCUGCGGAAAGAAAUCAGAUCCUGCAGGGCCCUGGUCUCAUGAGGCAGAGCGUUCCACCAGGCCGGAGCCAGAGUUGAAAAGGCCCUGGCUCUGGUUGAAGCCAAUCUAACUUCCUUAGGGCCCGGGACCACUAGGGUGUUGCUAUUUAUGGACCUUGAGGCUCUCCGUGGGACAUACCUGGAGAGGCGGUCUCGUAGGUAUGAGGGUCCUAGGCCAUGAAGGGCUUUAAAGGUCCAAAGCAGCACCUUAAAUCUGACCCUGUACUCCACCGGGAGCCAAUGCAGCUGGAAAAGCACUGGGUGAAAAUGCUCCCAUGGCAGAGACCUCGGGAAGAGCCUCUCUGCAGCAUUCUGCACCCGCUGGAGUUUCUGGGACAGCUUCAAGGGCAGCCCCGCGUAGAGCGAAUUACAGUAGUCAAGCCUGGAGAUUACCGUCGCAUGGAUCACUGUGGCCAGGUCGAUUGAACAAGAUGGGCAAGAGGAGGCUUCGUAACCCUCACAAGCCCCGAGGACUUUGUCUUCCUCUUUUGCUGAUUCCCAGGAAAGCUGAUGACAGUGAAGGUCACUGACUUGGAUGGCUCUAAAAGUGGAUUGGACAGAUUCAUGGAGGAGAAGAGGGCUAUCAAUGGUGACUAGCCAGGAUGGCUAUACUCCACUUGCACUGUUAAAGGCAAAAAUGCAUCUGAAUCCCAGUUGCUGGGGACCACUGGAGAGGGGAGUGCUCUUGUGUUCGAAUCCUGCUUGCAGAUUUCCCAUAACGGGCAUCUGGGUGGCCACUGUGAGAAGAAGAUGGUGGACUAGAUGGGCCAUUGUCCUGAUCCAGCUACAGGGCUCUUCUUUUGAUCCCUCCUGGCAGCCUGGAAGGAGUGAGAUGCUUUAGCACCUAGAUUAGGCACAGGGGGAAGCAAUGGGCAGAGUGGGGCUGUGUAACUGCAGCUCAGAGGGAGAGAGGAAAAAACCACACACUAUACACUUCUCCUGCCCAGGGUGAAUGUGAGGGGAGACUCCACUCCACUGCUCCACUGGAAAUUUAUGGAUGUUCUCUCCCCCCUCCCCAUUUGCAAAGCUUGACCCUUUCCCUUCUCUCUUCCCUUUCUAGGAUAGCCCGCCUGGUGAUGGUUAUCCGGGGCUGGGCCAAUAAAGGCUUGAAAGAAGAAGAGCGGCGGCCAGACUCCUUCCUGGAACGAUUUCGAGGACCAGAUGUCAAGACAUUGGCAGUAGCUGCAGCAAGGGGCGAUGGGUUUGAUACCCAUGACAGAAAGACAAAGUGAGACUCCCUCCUGGCUGGCUGGAGCUGCUGUGGGAGGCUUUGCAUGGACAAGGAGAUGAAAUCAUAGGCCACCUUCCCUCUUCUUCUCACCCCCAUCUCCUUCUUCAUCUUCAUCUUCCUCCUCCUCUUUCUUCUUUCUCCCGCUUCCUCCCUCUUCCUCUUCUUCCUCCUCCUCCUCCUCCUCCUCCUCCUCCUCCUCCUCCUCCUCCUCCUCCUCCUCUUUUUCUUUCUUUUCCUCCUUCUCCUCCUACUUCUUCCUCAUCUUCCCCCUCCUGCUUCUUUCCCCUUUUUCUCUUCCUUUUCUUUUUUCCUCCUCCACUAUAAAUAAGGGGCAGGCCUCAUUGGUAAGGCUGGACCUUGCCAUUAGCCAUGGUAAUUUGAGCAAAGAGGAAAGGGCAGGCUGCUGGAGAAUGAAAGAGGCUCACAAUCAGCCAGGGUCUUUGGCACUGAGCAAACAGGGUCUUCCCUGAGAGGUUAAGUGGAAUGUGUUAAUUACCAGGGAGCAGCAAUGGUUCUGGGCUGCUGUGGCCCAGUGAGGCUUUUGCAAAACAGGAGCAGGCAAGAGUGUUCAGGCCAUUGUGUAAGGCUGUUGUGCAAGUGCUGAGGUUGUUGGUCAUUGUGGACAAGGCUGAGGAGAGGAACGGGGCAUUCCUUUUCUUCCCAUUCUAUACUUUAGAAAUAAAAAUUGCCAUACUUUGACAGCCUUCAAGGGAUGCCAUUAAGGCCUUUCAGGGAACAGGGAGGUUGGGCUUGCUCUAGUGAUUCUAGCAGCCAGGACCUCCUGCCUUCUCCCAUCCAAUGCCCUAUGAGCCAGCCCACCCCUUUCCCUCUCCCAUGAGGCCUAAGAUGGGGUUGGACACUUCUGUAACAAUCUGAGGUACUGGAUGGAGACCUCAGAACACCUGAAGUGGAGAGCAGGUAGCUCGGGGGGGGGGGGGCUUUCCUUUGGAGCAUCUUGUUGGCCACUGUGAGAACAGUAUGCUGAACUAGAUGGGCUCUCUUUAGCCUGAUCAGCUGCUGCAGGGUUCUUCUGAUGUUCUCGCUGGGCGGCUUAGGAGGUAUGAGACGCUUCAGCAACAGGAAGGCUGAUUGGACAUUUGGAUGGAAGGAAGGGGUGGGCCUGGGGUGUUUACUUCUCAGUCACUGUGCUGUGGCCACCUCUGGUCAUCUGUCUGGGUAAAGGAGGUCUGUGUGUGCUCACUUAACCCUUUCAGUUUCAUGUACUCCAAAUCACACCCACCGCCCCCAUGGUGUGAAUUCAUGCCUUAGCUGCAAUUUAGACCAGGGAUUUGAAGAUUGCAGGCUCUCUCCACCACCAUCUCCCCUCUAGGCCAGAUCCACUGAAGACUCAUUGUGGCCACUGAAAUGUUUUGCUUCUAUCUGCAGGAAGAAAUGGAAAGUCUUUGUGAUGAAUCCCGCAGGGGACUGGUAUUAUCGGUGGCUUAUGGUCAUUGCAGUCCCAGUCCUGUAUAACUGGUGCACGUUGGUAGCACGGUGAGUCCUUGGAACCCAUGUUUUUUGGGGGUGGGCACAAGAGAAGGGGGUGUGCAGAUUCCGCCCAGAGUACCUAUCUGACCAAUCUGCAGAGCAUGAGGUGAGUCCUUGUGACUCCUCUCCCCACUGCUGUUUCUCUCCUGAUCCUCUCCCCCAGAACUUCUCUUCCUAGGAAGCAUGGAUUUAACAAUCCUUAAUUUGCUGGAGUUUCAGUAGUUACAGGGUUAACUCACUGCUGAAACUCUGGGAGGUCGCUUAUGACACUUCCAACACAUUGAAUUAUUUAUUAUUUCUAUUUUAUUCAUUUAUUAAAUUAGCAUACCAUCCUUCAUUGGAAGAUCGCAGGAUGGUUCCCAACAUAAAAAUACAAAAUGAGAACACGAAUACAUAAUAAAACAAGAGCAACCCCCCAUAAUGCCCCCAAACACAUUUAAAAUGUCAUAGAAUGUUUAAUAAGUCAAAGGCCUCGUUAUAGAGAAACAUAUUUACCUGGUGCUUAAAGAUAUGUCAUGAAGGCACCACGUGAGCUUUCCUGGGGAGACCAUUCCACAAGUGGGGUGCCACCACCGAAAAGGCCUGCUGUCAUGUUACUGCCCUCUAGAAACCUUGUGGAGGAGGCACAUGAAGAAGGGCUUCUUGAGGUCCUUGAUGAGUAGUCCCUGCUCCAGGAAACCUGCCAGGGAAACACAGUGUGAGGCAUUUUGAAUUGGGCCUGGAAAUGAAUUGGCAGCCAGUACAGUUGUGCCAGGAACAGGGCAAUAUGUCCAAACCAUCUUGCCCCAGUGAGCAAUCUGGCUACCGAAUUCUGCACUAGCUGAAGUUUCUGAACUGUUUUCAGAGGCAGCCCCACAAAUAACAUGUUGCAGUAAUCUAACCCAGAGGUUACCAGAGCGUAGACAACUGAAGUUAGGCUACCCCUGUCCAGAUAGUGGUGCAGCUUGGCCUCCUUGCUUCCCAAUCAGCUGCCCGAGCCAUCAGAGGGCUGCUGCCUUCUAAUUUUCUCUCUCACCCUCCUCACCACAGGGCCUGUUUCAACGACCUCCAAAGGAAGUACUGGAUCUGGUGGCUAGUUCUAGACUACAUUGCAGAUAGCAUCUACAUCGCAGACAUUGUCAUCCGCUUUCACACAGGUGAGGGAGCUGUGUGGGGAGGAGCCUGGCUCAGCCUUCAUCUCACUAUGGUGGUUAAGGAUUCCACCUCCAGCACUUGUGAGACAGAAAAUGGCCCCAAUAAAGCAAAUCUUAUUAAUGGCAGUUCUGAAAAAUAGAGUUCCCCAAUGAAAGAUUUAUCAGCCUUCACUGCUGAAUAAUUUUCUUAAAAUUACCCACCUGGGCAUCAAUAUUCAGGUCUGGCAAAAGCCUCUGCCUUGAUAUCAUAUUGAGCUGAUGAAUGAUCUGAAUGCUGCGGGGUGGGCGGGAGGAGUGCAGAAUCUCAUGCUCUCCCACUAUCUGGAGCUGGGACAUCUUUUCAACAAUCACCACCCGCCCUACAAGCUCACCAUUCUAAGGAUGGGAGGCCUGUUUUGCUUAGAAGUCCUGCCUGCUCUUCACAAUACUGCUACUACCUGGCUCUAGUUGGAUUACGAGGCUGGAGAUGGGUGAAAUCCAAGGCAUGUGGAAUGAACAGAUUGGAUGGAAAUAAACACAUCACCAUAUCUGCAGUGACAGCACUAGGCAAAGAUUUUGCUGCGUUUUAAUGCCUCACACUGUGUUUCCCUGGCAGGUUUCCUGGAGCAGGGAUUACUCGUCAAGGACCUCAAGAAGCUGCGUGAUAAGUACAUUGCCACCAUGCAGUUCAAGCUGGAUGUCCUCUCUGUUUUGCCCACUGACUUUGCCUACUUUGCCGUCGGCUUAAACCGCCCCGAGUUGCGCUUCAACCGGCUGCUGCAUUUCUCCCGCAUGUUUGAGUUCUUUGACCGGACGGAGACACGGACCAGCUACCCAAACAUCUUCCGAAUCUGCAACCUGGUGAUGUACAUCUUGGUCAUCAUCCACUGGAAUGCCUGCAUUUACUAUGCUAUCUCUAAGGCCAUUGGCUUUGGAGAGGACACCUGGGUGUAUCCCAACAUCUCAGACCCAGAGUUUGGUUAUUUGACAAGGGAGUACAUCUACUGCCUCUAUUGGUCCACACUGACCUUGACUACCAUCGGGGAGACCCCUCCGCCUGUGCGUGAUGAAGAGUAUCUCUUCGUCAUCUUUGACUUCCUGAUUGGUGUCCUCAUCUUUGCUACCAUUGUGGGAAAUGUGGGCUCCAUGAUCUCCAACAUGAACGCCACCAGGGCAGAGUUUCAGGCCAAGAUUGAUGCAGUCAAGCAUUACAUGCAGUUCCGCAAAGUGAGCAAGGACAUGGAGGCCAAGGUGAUCAAGUGGUUUGACUACCUCUGGACCAAUAAGAAAACUGUGGAGGAGUGGGAGGUCCUGAAGAACCUGCCUGACAAGCUGCGGGCAGAGAUAGCCAUCAACGUCCACCUGGAGACGCUGAAGAAAGUGAGGAUCUUCCAGGAUUGUGAGGCUGGGCUUCUGGUGGAGCUGGUGCUCAAGCUCCGCCCCCAGGUAUUCAGCCCUGGAGACUAUAUUUGCCGGAAGGGGGACAUUGGCAAGGAGAUGUACAUCAUCAAGGAAGGGAAGCUGGCUGUUGUGGCAGAUGAUGGCGUGACCCAGUAUGCUAUGCUCACAGCAGGCUGCUGCUUUGGGGAGAUCAGCAUCCUCAACAUCAAAGGAAGCAAAAUGGGGAACCGGAGGACGGCAAAUAUCCGGAGCAUUGGCUAUUCCGACCUCUUCUGCCUGUCUAAGGAGGACCUCAUGGAAGCAGUGACAGAGUAUCCAGAUGCCAAGAAAGUCCUGGAGGAGCGUGGGCGAGAGAUCCUCACCAAAGAAGGUCUGUUAGAUGAAGCAACUGCAGCAGAGGGCAUGGAAGGUAUGGAUGUGGGGCAAAAGCUGAGCAGGCUGGAGGCCAGCUUGGACAUGCUGAAUGCCCGGUUCUCACGCCUCCUGGCUGAGUAUGAUGCUGCCCAGAUGAAGCUCAAGCAGCGUGUCACCUCCCUGGAGACCAAAGUGAAGCAAGACCAGCAGGAUGACUUCUUCUCUGAUGGUUCCAUUAGCCCAUCCACAGAAGAGGGGAAAGCCAAACCUUAACCUACUGCGCUGCCAUCUGGAUUUGAGGCAGCAGCAUUUCCUUGCAUCUGAUGCCCAUCCAGACUGCCUUGCAGUAACCCUGUCUCCACCAAACUGCUGCUCCCUAGCUGACUCUUUCUCUCCCCUUAGUCCAUUCCCAGCUGUAUGUUCCUGGUGACUUUCACCAGGGUCCUUUUAAGUCUCUCUUGAACUGUUUUGAGAAGGUCAGACACCCUCCAUUUCUUUCCCCAAGUUGCAUGUUCCUCCUCUCACCCUCGCCCCCAAAUGGGCCAAAUAGCACUGCCUCUGGCAGGUGCUUAUUUGGAACAUUCCCAUCAAGUAACCCACUGCAGUGGACCACAUUACCUGCUUACAAUCUUAUUUUGACAACCACUUUUGUGAAAAUCUCUAAGCCGGUCCAGGUCCUUCCUGUUCGUGGAGCACAUUCAGAGAAAACCUCUCCCUGUGAGCUGCCUAUGCUCCCUAAGUCUGCAUAGAGGGCAAAGGAAGGGGAUGUGUGCACUUGGGUGUGUGGGGUGUUGGUGUUUGCUAGGGCCUGAACCCACCUGCUUCAGUGAGGAUUAUAAGAUUUUGGAAAUGUGUUAGUUGAAGAUUGCUUGUAUGCCUGCAAUCCUGCCAUCCCACACAAGCUCUUUAGCCCUGGUUCUGCUGCCUGGCUGCUCAAGCGGGCAGUGCUGUCUCAUUCAGUCUCAUUCCCUUUCUGCUCUUUGAGGCUUUUAAGGUCUCUCCUGACUGAGUUUCCCCCUCAGUUCUUGAAGACUCACAGCUCCUUCUGCAUCGACUUUAGAGCUCCAAUUGAUGCCUCUCUUUAGCAAGCAUUGCCUUGGGGGCUCGACACACCCCAGGCAGGUAGGGGGGACCCUGUACUUGUCCAGGGAAAGUGAUUGAGCCCAACACAAAUUCUGAACCUGGAACCUAUCCCAGAAAUGCUGGAGAGGAAAAUCUCCUCACAUUUCACAUGAAUGAUUAAGCGGAAGUGGCUGCCCCAUGUGUGCUGGGUAGAAAUGGCCAGCUGAACAUCAGGACAGGCUUGGUUGAGACCCUACCCCUCUUUCUUGUUUAACUCACCAGUAUCCCUUGGCUAAUGCACAAUAGCUCUGCCAUUCUCAGGGAAACACCCCACCCCCUGCAGCCCUCUCCCUUGUCCAUUCCUCUCUUCUUGCCUCAGUUCAUGACUGAGCCAGUUUACACAGAACAAGGAACUAUGAACCCAAAGGCUGUUUACUUGCCCGAAACUCAGAUUUCAGUUUUGAAGCCAUCUUGUCAAUUUCCAUUUUUAUGCACCAAAUGAAAAUGGGCCACUUUCCUCAGGGUUAGUUGUGGAGGAGGAGUAUGCUUAGCCAAAGUGUUUCUAUCAAGUUUUCACUGGGUCUGCUCAGAUCCUGCCUGGAACCAUGAAUCCCUCCAGAUCCAUUUCUGGAAUGAAACAGAAGCUCACAAGAAUUUGGGGUGGAGCUGUGGGUAUGGGAGCAGGACCCAUCACCCAAAAAGCCCACAAUGCUUCCAAGUCAUCCGGCAGGCACAUGACUUGAUGUGGACUCUACACACCUGAGCCAAGGAAGCCACAACUGACAGGCGCCAUGUGGGGCACGUUACACAUCUUUAAAAUAAAGAGCUCAGAUGUGAGCAGCCAGUGGGUUUAGCAGAUGGGUUGCAUAGGUGCCUCCCUGCUCCCUCCCCCCAGUUUCCUGGCUGCUCUGGUUGGACUACGCAGACUGUGACUCUUUUACCCUGGGGCUUUGGGUCUGCUCAAGCUAAUGUUCCAUGAGCUUAUUUACUUAACAAACAAAUUGCCCUGCAGCUCUCCUUGCAGUGUGUGUGUGUGUCUAGCAAUGUUAAAUAGCAGUGGCGGCAGCAGCAGCUGCAGCAACAGCAAUACAUUCCUUUCCAGAUCCCACAGACCUCUGGCUUCCCAGCUGCAAAUGGUGAGCCACAAGGGGGUGCUGUGUACAGUGGAAUGAAUUGCAGUCCUGCCUGGCUCAGCCUGAUUGGAAUGGAGACACACUGAAUGUGGGAGCGUCUCUCAAGCGGAAACCCAGAGCAGAGGGGCCCAGCUUUUCCCCUGGAGCCAGAAGCAAAUCUUCUCUCUGGAAAGCAAACCUUGUCGUGCCGGAAGGCCUGGUGAGCUGGUCUGCUCAUCCAAUCCAUGUGCUGUUGCUUUCAUUUUCCUUCGGGAGGGAGUCUGCAUGCAAAUGACUUGUGGGCCAGCAUGAAUUUCACAGACCCUCAGGCUUCUGAAGUGCCUAUUGCAUUGCCCUCCAACUGUUCCUGAACCUAUCCCAGGGAAGGAGGGCUCAUUUCAAGAUGUCACACCCAUUUAUACUUUUUAUAAAGAGUUUCCCUGCUGAGGUUACUCAUUAGUUAUAAAUAUGGUUGCUAAAACUCAUAUUUUGUCAUUUUGUAUCUUAUGUUUCAAGUGAGGGAUGGUGUGACCGUGGCUCCUUUCUUGCUCAUGGCAGGGUCCUGUUCCAGUGGGAUCCUUUGUCUCCUUCCCCCUAACCCUGCCUGUCCCACAGUGGUGUAGCAUGGUGUGUGUGUGCAAGGGGCACUGUGGCCCUGGGUGCAGAAUUCUGAUGGGGUCCAACUCAACACCCCCACAACUGGUUCCCUUACUGAGGCCACAUGGCUGCACCACACUGUUGGCUCAAGUUCAGAUUGUGCUCUGCUAAGACCCCUAGAUCCUUUUCACAUGCUCUACUGUCAAGCCAGUUGUCCCCCUUCCUGUAUUUGUGCAGCUGGUUAUUCCUGCCUACAUUUGACCCUAUUGAAAUUCAUUGUGUUACUUUGGGCCUAUUUCUCAAAUCUAUUAAGGUCAUCUUGAAUCUUGAUUCUGUCUUCUGUGGCAUUAGCUACCCCUCCCAUUUUUGUGUCAUCUGCAAAUGACCCAGAAUUAAUACCCUGUUAAUACACAUAGAAUUGAUGGCAAGAAGGGUGAGGAUAGUUUUGGAGGUCAUGUGUGCCUGGAACCCCUUUUGGGGAAGGGUAGUGGGUGUAGACAGUUUUGGAGUGAAAUAAGGGUUGCAAAGGGCCCCUGGCACACACGACCACAUGGUUGCCUGCCACUUGCUUUGUCAUUCCUGCUUUCUGCUUGAGGCAAGCUGGGCAUUUGACUCAUUUUCUGUGUGAAAAUCCAGGAUCCAUGAUGCACUUUGCUGCUUCUGAGACCACAACAAGAGCGUUUGUGUGGGGUGGAAUGCAAGACCACAGAUUCUGCUUAAGGGCAAUCUGUGCACACAGUGUUUUGAAGGAUUUUUUGUUUGUUUGUUUUUUAUAACAGAGAACCCUCAAGAGUGAGAGCUGUUUCAGCACUCUGGACAGCGGCUGCAGGGCUCAUAUGCAGAGAUACAAUCUCAGGGAAACACGGAAGAGCUGAUGAUGAGGGUGACAAUGACAGCGUAUGCAUGCUUGCUCCUUGAAAAGCCUACCCAGCCCACCCUGUUAACCUACUUGGGAAAAUCCUAAACCUUUAAACCAUUACUUGACAGAAUUCAAA